GCAGUAGUGAUUGUAAUCCUUAAAAAUUAGUACCCAGUUUAUAAAAAAAAGCAACGAAAGAAACAUACGGAUUAACUUUCUUGCUUGUCAUUCACUUGACAUCGAAAUGACAAAUACAAAUAGCGAUUAAAUGCUUUUUUACCAUUAGAUUAUCCGCAAAGCUGAUUAUUCAAAACACUAGUAACAUAUACGUAUGAAUUCAAGCAUAUCUAUAGCAUUAUCAUCUACAAUAUAUUGCUCUUAUUAUACAUGCAAUCAUUUUAUGUUUCUACAAUGAGUUAUGUGUUAUAUAUGUAUUCUGUGCAUAAACCUAAAAUCGCCAGUCUGUAAUCGUGUGCAGUUACGUGCAGCUGGCAAUACGAUAUAAUAUCGCAAGGAUAAAAAAUGCGAGUGUUAUCAGUCAUUUUUCUUUGGUUGUACUAUCUGUCAGUUUGUAAUGGAUAUCGUUUGCUCGGAAUAUUUCCCUUACAAAGCAAGAGUCAUUUUAUCAUGUUCGAACAACUGAUGAAGGGCCUGGCCAGGAAGGGCCAUCAGGUCGACAUAGUCAGCAGUUAUCCAUUGGAGAAGUCUUAUCCAAAUUACACUGAUCUCGUGACACUACCAAUAAUUAGGGAGGUGGUGAACAAACUUUCCUAUGCUAAAGUGAAUAACUUUUCUAUGAAUCCGACGUACAUUACUGGGACAUUGGGAGGAAACGAAGUUUGCAAACAUUUAGGAAACACGAAAAUAAAAGAGCUGGCGAAACAAAAGAAUCCGUCUUACGAUGCAGUUAUAGUAGAGAUUUUUGCUGCGCAAUGUUUCAGUAUCAUCGCUUACUUAUUGAAAAUUCCUAUGAUCGGAGUUAGCACUACAGGAACGCUGUACCCGUGGCUACCUCAUAUAAUCGGUCAACCUGAAAAUCUAGCCUUCGUGUCGAAUAACAUUUUAGGUUUCACCACCCCCAUGAAUUUCUGGCAACGACUAUGUAACGUCUUGCGCACAUUCUACGACAAAUGGUUUUUUGAUUACUUGACGACACGGGUGCAAGACAGGUUGAUAAGAGAGAACUUCGGACAGGACAUGCCGAGUGUACGGGAAUUGGAGAGGAAGCUGUCGCUGAUCCUCUGCAAUUCUCACAUCACGCUAGAUGGGAUACAGCCGAAGACACCUGCCGUAGUGGACGUGGGAGGGCUCCAUAUCCAUGCUGAAAAUGAAACGUUGCAACCCGAACUAAAGAAAUGGAUGGACGACAGUAAAGAUGGUUUUAUAUAUUUCACGUUUGGCUCGAUGGUGACGAUAGAGACGUUUCCACACGAGUUUUUAAGGAUCCUUUACGCCUCCUUAGGCAAAAUAGCACCCGUGCGGGUUUUAAUGAAGGUAACAGCUCCGGAGAAACUGCCACCCGGUUUGCCCGAAAAUAUCCAUAUAUCUUCUUGGAUGCCGCAGCUCAUGGUAUUGAAACAUUCUAAUAUAAAAGCCUUUAUCACCCAUGGCGGAUUGAUGGGCACGCAAGAAGCGAUAUCAUGCGGUGUCCCUAUGAUCGGUAUACCGCUUUUCAUGGAUCAAUUUACGAAUAUAAAUGCCUACGUUGUCAAAAAUAUUGCUAUACGACUGGACAUUAAUGAUAUUACCGAAAGAAGCAUGGAUGCAGCCUUAAAUGCAAUAUUAAAAGACCCUCUAUACAGGGAAUCUGCGCAGAAUCUAUCCCGACGAUUCCUCGAUCGACCAAUGAAUGCUAUUGACACAGCUACUUAUUGGAUCGAGUACGUCAUCAAAUACGGCGAAAAUUCUUUGCGAUCGCCUGCGAUGGAUAUGACCUGGUGGCAAUUGUCUCUCAUCGAUGUGAUAGUGUUUCUCCUCUUUUGCACAAUAAUCAUUAUUGCUGUAAUAGUAUUCAUUGUGCAAUUCAUAUUGAAAUUGAAGCACAAAGAUGCUAAUACGUUAUAUUCAAAAAAGUUCAAAACUAAUUAAUUAUUAAGUAAAAUAAUUCUGUACGUUUUGUUUCACAUUUAUAACUUUGCACAAUUAUUUAUCGAAGAAAACGUAAUUAUAUAACUUUGUUAAUAAAAGUAUUGUGGAACCUAAA